AAUUUACGCAGCUAGUCUACUCCGCACACCAAAACCCUAAUUUCAGCAGACGAACAAACAGAAGCAGAACAGAAAAGGAAAGAGAAAAAGGGCGAAUUCGAAGAAGAACAACAACUGCACUCAGCCACCAUGACGGUGGAAAUUGAUACAAUGGCAGCUCGUCUCAACGUCGAUCUCUCCCAAAUCGACUGGGACAAUGUUCGUCUUCCUCCCGGCGAAGAUUUCGGCAUCAUAAGUGAUGAUGAAGAUCUUAGAGAAGAAGAAAACUCAGAUUUCGACAUUGGGUUUUCAAACAUUAUUGUGGUUGAUCAUCUUCCGCAAGUUCCCAAGGAAAAAUUCGAUAAAUUGGAAAGUGUUAUUCGUAAAAUUUACAGUCAAAUUGGUGUGAUUAAGGAUGAUGGGUUUUGGAUGCCGGUUGAUCCUUCAACUGGGAAAACCCUAGGUUAUUGCUUCAUUGAGUUUAAUACACCUCAGGAAGCUGAACUUGCGAAGGAGAAGACUCAUGGGUAUAAAUUGGAUAAGUCUCAUAUCUUUGCUGUUAAUUUGUUUGAUGAAAUUGAGAAGUUUAUGAAUGUUCCUGAUGAGUGGGCUCCCCCCGAAACGAAGCCGUAUACUCCUACGGAAAACCUACAUCAUUGGCUCACUGAUUCGAAAGCUCGUGAUCAGUUUGUUAUUCGUGCUGGCCAAGAUACUGAGGUCUUAUGGAACGAUGCUAGACACAUGAAGCCUGAUCCCGUUUAUAAGCGACCUUGUUGGACCGAAGGUUUUGUUCAAUGGUCACCUUUGGGAACUUAUUUGGCUACUGUCCACCGUCAAGGAGCUGCUGUCUGGGGUGGGGCCUCAUCUUUUAAUCGCAUACAACGUUAUGCUCAUAAUAUGGUUAAAUUUAUUGACUUUUCUCCUGGAGAAAACUACCUCGUUACUUACAGCAGCCAGGAACCAAGCAACCCACGUGACACACAUAGGGUUGUAAUCAAUAUCUUUGAUGUAAGAACGGGAAAGGUGAGGAGAGACUUCAAAGGAAGUGCUGAUGAGUUUGCAGUUGGUGGAACUGGUGGUUUGACUGGGGUCAAUUGGCCUAUAUUCAAAUGGGCUGGUGGCAGGGAUGACAAAUAUUUUGCCAGAAUUGGGAAGAAUGUUGUGUCUGUGUAUGAAACUGAGACAUUUAGUCUAAUAGACAAGAAGUCCAUUAAAGUAGAAAAUGUUAUGGACUUCAGUUGGUCACCUACAGAUCCGAUUUUGGCACUUUUUGUUCCAGAGCUUGGAAACCAACCAGCUAAGGUGUGUCUGUAUCAGAUACCUAGCAAAGUGGAAAUCAGACAGAAGAAUCUUUUUAGUGUCAGUGAUUGCAAAAUGUAUUGGCAAAGCAAUGGAGAGUACCUAGCUGUUAAAGUUGACAGGUAUACAAAAACCAAGAAAAGCACAUAUACUGGCUUUGAGCUUUUUCGGAUCAAGGAACGGGACAUACCUAUUGAAGUCCUGGAGCUUGAAAAUAAGAAUGAUAAAAUCAUUGCGUUUGCAUGGGAGCCCAAAGGCCAUAGAUUUGCUGUAAUCCACGGUGAUAAUCCUAGACCCGAUGUAAGUUUUUACUCAAUGAAGACCGCUCACCACACAAGCCGAGUUUCUAAGCUGACAACUCUUAAAAGCAAGCAAGCAAAUGCUCUUUACUGGUCACCUAGUGGUCGAUAUAUCAUAUUAGCAGGGUUGAAGGGGUUCAAUGGGCAGCUUGAAUUUUUCAAUGUUGAUGAGCUUGAAACUAUGGCAACAACUGAGCAUUUCAUGUGUACAGACGUUGAGUGGGAUCCUACUGGAAGGUAUGUUGCAACUGUUGUUACAUCAGUUCAUGAGAUGGAAAAUGGCUUUCAUAUAUGGUCGUUCAAUGGGAAACUGCUUUACAGAAUACCAAAGGACCAUUUCUUCCAGUUUAUAUGGCGCCCCAGACCACUGUCCUUGUUGACUCCAGAAAAGGAGGAGGAAAUUUCAAAGAACCUGAAGAAGUACAGCAAGAAAUAUGAAGCAGAAGACCAAGAUGUGACCAUGCUGUUGAGUGAACAAGAUCGUGAGAAGAGGAGGUUGUUGAAGGAAGAAUGGGAAUCAUGGGUUAACAAAUGGAAGAAAUACCAUGAAGAAGAGAAAUUGGCGAGAGAAAAGCUUAGAGACGGUGAAGUCAGUGAUGAUGAAGAAGAGGAAUACGAAGCUAAGGAAGUUGAAUAUGAAGAGGUUGUGGGUGUUGAAGAAGAAAUCGUUGAUUAAUUGCACAGGGCGUACGACCACAUCAAUUUUUUCAUCUGCUUCACCAUAACUUGAAGGCGCAACUUGCUUACUGCUGAGAGGACAACUUUUGGCAGAUAGUUUUGUUUUUUUUUUUUUUUUUUGUUUAAUUAAUAUGUUCGUUGUAUGGAUCAGUAGAGUAGGCCUUUAUUUGGCAUUUGUUUGUCAAAUAUGUCAAUCCUAUUUAUGUGCAAGAGUUUUAAGAUUUAUUGAGAUAAUUUUACUCCUUGUAAGGCGUAUUACUGAAACACAAUAUUUUGGGGUUUUUAGUGCUAAUCUUUCUGAUUUUGUCA